UUCUUUUCCAGACCAUGAAUGUCCCGCUACCUUAUGCCCCCAACUCAAAGGACUCGCUACCAGACUAAGGUAUUCCAGCAGUCCGUCACAAUACUCAUCAAAUUACAGUCCAACAACACAGGCACCAGAGGACCUUCGAUAUCAGAGAGGGGCGUCGCUGUAGGCCCCUGGCGGGUUCCGGAGGACCAGCUACCUGUCCUCGUGGGCACCAUCACAGGUGCCUCACUCCUGGUGCUGCUUCUCCUCACUCUCCUCCUCUAUACGUGUUGUCACCACAACCCGAGACUCAAGAACUAUAGCGUGAAGAGCGAAGUGUCGAGUGUCACCUCCGGACGCACGCAAGGGUCAGUGCCAAGCCUAAGCCGGGACUCCCUGGUCGUUGUCACUCACGCCUCCACGGGACAUCAGGCGUGUCUUUUAUCGGAGCGAGAUUCGCCUUCCGACUACCUCUUCGAGUGCGACUGCUGCUGUGAUCCGCCCUGCCAGCCGGUGUGUCUGUGCGACUACACAGACGACGACCUCUUGGGGCCCAACGACAACAGCGUCUUCGAGGACGGUCGCCAGAGCAUCGAGGACCUCCCCACCAGGAGUCUCUCCAUGCCCAUCAAGGAACAAAACAAACUGCAAAAGAGCGACGACCCAGACGAGGUCAGCAGCAACAACAACAACAGCGUCAGACGGAAGCACGCCUCUCGCCCCACAAGCAACCCUGCUACUUUCAAUCACUGUGAUCUGACGCUACCGCCAUCCGCUACGUCUGAGUGGCAGGUAAUUACAGGUAGUCGGAAUCGAGUCCUGGAAGGCCUAAGAUUUGGACCGGAGUGUCGCCAUGAGGACCAGAGCGCUUCUUCCAGUGCCCUGGAUAUGGUGUCUUCGACCAAUCGCUCCAAAGACAGUGACUCCAUGGUCAUUGAUGAUACUUUCAAGACGCGCUCACUCCCUGCUUGGGUUAGAAAUAAAACGCGACCGCUGGCGGCUUUAGAUGAUCUCAAUACAAUCUACGAAAAGCCUCACUGGAGCAAGCGUCGGAGGAACCGUAUGAGGAGUGACGCGGCAGCAGUGAUCGCCCUCAGCAAGUCCAGAGGACGUCUGAUGUCUCCCGGACCUCAGUCGUCCUCAGGUGGCGGUGGCGCCGCCUCGUCGUCAACAGGGUCGCACCCGAGUGGGGUGCCAAACUCCUCGUCUGCCCACCCGCCUUCCUCCCCCGACACCGCAGCCCUGGUCAACAACGAGGCAGUCAUUGUAUACGACGAAAGGACUGCUUUGUAACCGGGACACACACACACACACACACACAGCCUCCUGAAAUGACCUGAACAUGACUCAUUUUAUAUAUCGCUUCUGGACGACACGUACGUCAGCUUUACGUUAGAGAGUGACGUCGUCAUCCCAUCCCCCCCCUCUCAAAAGACGGCUGGAAUCGUGUUAAAACACUUCCACGUCGCAUUGCUAGGCAUUUUUAGAUACGGAUGCUGAGAGAGAGAGCGAGAGAGAGAGAGAGAAGAGAGAGAGAGAGAGAGAGAGAGAGAGAGAGAGAGACUGCAUAUUCGAAGUGAUUUUUGCACAUAUCCCACACACGCUCUCUAUACAUGCUGAAUCUUCGGUACAUUCGUUCCGUAGUUAUUAUUAUAUAUAAUAUAUAUAUAACGCUAGGAGGAAAAAUAACGUUGCGUUGUUUUUUGUAGUAGAUAACAACGAAUUCGACAUUAUAUCUGGUUUGUACUGGGCUUGUUGAAAUAGAGCAUAAAAAUUGCAAUCACAUCUGAGCUUACUAAGAACGGCGAUCGAGCGAAGCCAAACUUCGGUCGCUCCCAAUUCUUUCAGUCGAUUUUGACGUAUUAAAAAAUUCCUAUUUAUUGUACAGAUAGAAGAGAUUUUUUAAAGCGAACUAUUGACUCGAAUUUGAAAGGUCUAUGAAGAAUGAAGAUAUUAUCCUUAGAAGAAAAGUAUAUGAGCUAAGUUUAGAGUUUAUAGUGUUUACGAUUUAAUGUAUUGAAUAAUUGUAGCAACGUCCCUUAUUCUUAAAAAGUAUAUAUUAAAGCAUAGAAUGUCCAUUGUAUAUACGUCCAAUCAGAAUUAAUAGAAAUGAAAGAAUCUAAGUUCUUUCCAUUUGAUUCUUACUUCAUUAUCUGUUCAUUUGUCCUUCGUCUUAUAUCACCUUGUUACCUUCUUUCGAUUUCGUAGCUACUUACGCACACGGAACUAAACAUUGAAAACACACAAACACACGCGCGCGUGCGCGCGCGAUUUGCAUCAUCAUCUUUGCUUAUUUUUCUUGACUUGUAACAACCAUGACUGUUUCAUUCACGUACGAAACGUUCUGGAUGCAGGUAACGUUUGAAUUGGCCAAGGGGCUUAGAUGCCAUGUGCUGAAAAAUUCUGGUCUGGCGAAAGAUAACACGGUUGGAUGCUUAAGCUUACAUUUCGUUUCACCACAAAGUUACUUGCGAAUAGAACUAGGAUGGGGUCUGUAUCAUCACGCGACUCGUUGUUUGACUGAUUUUACUGUUUUACUGAUUUGUGCGUUUCAUGGUCCAUUUCAAUGCAAAUUUAAUUUUGCCUCCAUCCGAGUGAAACACAAAUUCUGUCUUUUGAUAAAGAGUUUUUUUUUAUGGUUUUCAUGACAGCGGAAAGCUGUUAAACGAAAAACAAAUUCGAAGCGGGAUAUCGCAUCCUCAUAACAGAGACAUCAUUGUCUUCGAUUUGGAUGAAAUAUAUUUAUGUACUGAGCAGCACAAAAUACGAAACAGGAAAGCAAUGAGUCAUUUUAUGACUGUCAUAAUUUUAUACUAAUUGAAAGCAUCAAGUCUCCAUGGUUAUUCUAAAAGCUUACUAAACAUAGAAUACGAGAAAUUCUGUGUUUACGAUUUCGUUCGACAGUUUGUGAAGAAAUGUCUGUUGGCUUCGAAGGAUGUGCGAACCCCCCCACACCUCCCUACCCCCCCCACCACCCCUCAUUCCUCCCUAUACCUUCCCCUCGUGUUCAUUCUUCUCAGAUAGCUUCAGAUGCGAAUCUACUUAUAGGGACGCAUAGCUGCGUCCAUCUUACAAAUUCUUUCUUUAAUAUUAAGAUUGUUGUUGAGUAGUUUAUGGCGUGUCUGCAUUACGAUGAUGAGGAUGAUGAUGAUGAAGUUAACAAACUGGAAUUUCGCGCUGAAGGUGGAAAGAUUAUUUUGCAAUUUUGUAAAAUCACUGAUCAUCGUCUUAUCUGUAAUUUGUGUGUAGGUUUAAGACAAGAAGCUUCCCUUUGGAAGAUUUUUUUUUGGAAACCAGCUGAGCUAGUGGAUGGAGGUCACGCCCCGAGAAAGUGGAAAAAAAAUAUAGCGAUUAAAUUUAGAAAUGAGUGUACAAAAAUCUCUGCCUUUCUUAUCGGGUGUAUUUGGUGUGAGUGGUGUGAGUGAGUGAGUGAAUACAUUGGAGAGAGAGAGAGAGAGAGAGAGAGAGAGUGAAGAAACUUUUCUUAUGAGAUGUUAGGAAUAAAUUUGCCUUCCUAAUCUAGCUUUAAUUUAUGUGAAUUACUGAUCUGACGGAAAUUUAAGCAACGUAGUAACCUUUCACACCUGAGAAAAAAUGGAUAGUACAAACUUACCACAGAUAUUUUGUAUAGGCGCAUUCUUAUAAAACAAAAACUUAGAACCUGUUCCAGAGUUACGGAUUCUUUUUUAAUUUUGCCCAGUUGUUUUGUCUCUUAAUAAAAAAAAUUGUUACCAAAGCAAAAGUGAUAAAGUUAAGGUAGUGAAAUACUAGCUUCUAUUGACACAAAGAUGCUGACCUAAGCAAAACACAAUCGCCGUUUACUCAUAAGGACGAAUCUAUCAAUGACUUUUUAAAUUUCUUUUUUACAACUGAAUGUUACUGAUGAUGUUAAAUGUUUACUGUGAGAUCUGAGCUUGUAUUACGAUAGGAUAGGGCUCUGGAUGACGGUACCUCAUGAUCAAGAGCAGUCUAUAUUCUUGCUAAUUUUUCUAGGUGGAUUUAAAGCUUAAGGGGUGACUUUCUUUUUCGUGGUCAAUAGUCGUAAGAAAACUAUUGUUCUGCAGUGACUGGUUGGCUGUGUUUACUGUGUGAGUGAAUUCCUUUACGUAUACUAUAGGACUGAUACUUCAUGAUUACAGACGUGGACACACUCAAAGAUACUCACACGCUGACGUGGGCCAGCUGCCAUAUGCAGGUCCACAAAAGAGCAGAGACAUGCGCAUGUAGACAGUCUUUUCAAGUGAACCCUGACUCGUUUUUAUACGAAAGAAAUGGCCUCACAUGGCUUUACAUACUGAGGCUUGCCCUAUGAACUACGUGUCCUUUAACGUAAACACAAACUGGAAUUUGUAGCUUCUUGAUGUCAUAGGAUUUUAUAAGAGAACUUUCCCCUCUCCCUUGUAAGUCUCAUCUUCAUUCAUUCCUCAAUGAAUUCUCUGCACACAGAGAAUACAAAGUCACACCUCAGGGUGGUUUUUUUCCCCAAGAUGCCUAGAGAGGGAAAGAAAGGGGGUUUUAACCCCUAACAACCCUCUCCCCCACCAGUAAAGAAAUUAUGUUAUUUUUUUUCUUUUGCCUUUCGAAAAGGUGACGACUAGUGAGUGGCGUGUGUGUGUGUGUUUGAGAGAGAGUGCAAAGCCAAAUGAUGGGAAAGCCGAGUGAAUCUUUUUUAGUGCCUUGAGUGAGAGAUGCUUCAUUGGUCCAGUCGUUGUUUUUUUCAAUACUGAGGAAUAUAACUGAUUAUGUACAUCAAAUGUACUUGCUGAUAUAUUGUCAUAGUUUAUGUACAAUAAAUAGUA